AUGGCGUCGCCCGGACCGCGCGCGCGCGCGAACGUCUUUCGCGUCGAUCGGGACGAGGGCGAGCGCCCGCCGCCGGUGUCGCACCUCUCCGUCGCCGCGUUAGGGGCGCUGUUCCUCUCGCAGUUCGCGCUGGUGAUCCUCGGGAUCAUCCUGUGCUGGUACGGCCAAACGGGCAGCGAUCGAUCGAUCCGGGACGCGCUGAACAUGAACGGCACGGCGUUGUUCGAGAAUCCGAGCGAUAGCGCGUCCGUGAUGGGGGUGGUGGUGAUGUUUUUAGCCGCGCACGGGUUUUUCGCGCUGUGGCGACGGGACAAGACGCACCUGUUGGUGUAUCACGCGUUCGCGCUCUUCGUCCUGGUCGGUCUGGUGUUCGCGUGCGCGGUGAUGAAUAUAUAUAAGGAUUCGAGCGGAGGGAUGAUUGAGAAUUAUUACAUGAAGUUUCAGAGGAACGCCAACAUCACCGGGUUGCGUAAGAUUGGGAAGCCGUUCGCGGCGGAUCACGGAAUGACGCGGGCGCAGUGGUUUAAGGAGCUUGCGGAGGCGCGAACGCGGGCGAGAUUGUAUCUGCGAACGGUGGCAUCAUGCAUGGGGGCUUCGAUGUUUUUUGUUUUGACGUCGCUGGCGUGCAGCGCGUACAUCAUGGGAUUGAAGUACACCGGGACGCGGGUGGGAUACGCCACGGGCACGGCGGGCGUGAUCUUCGGAUUGAUGCUCUUCGUUCUGUGCUACGUCGUCGCCAAGUCAACGUAUAACGUUCCAGAUGCGGUUUCUAUGAAGUUUGACGUUGGGUUCACGCACGACCCGGGUGUGUACGAACCAGAGAACGCGGCCACCUUGUUCCGCACGCUACGAACGGCUCCGGAUUUGAUAUUUCAGACUGUCGAUACCGACGCGGGUGGUGGGCGACGUCGGUUGCUGACCAAUUCAACAUCGCCGCCGUCUUUGUCUCCGCCGCCGCCAUCGCCUUUGUCUCCACCUCCGCCGUCGCCUUCGUCUCCGCCGCCGCCGCCCUUGUCUCCGCCUCCACUGUCGGACUGGCGCGCCCAAAGUGUCUGGGUGUUCGAGGAAGGUCACAUACGCGUGGAUAGCACGCACUAUAACUUGACAUUCAAGCUCGCGUUGGCUGGGAUCUCUGGUGAUGAUCUGACAGAAUCCUUUGCCGACUGGGCGGCGCAAAAGGUGGCAGAUUAUGGAAAGGUUGAGAAGGGAAACGUGUACAUCUCAGAUAUGAUUAGCGGCGCCGAGCACAAGAUUGGCGGCACAUGGGCACCGCGUUUCCUCGCGGUGAUCGCGUUUAUCGUCGUCUUCGUGAACUUCGUCGGCAUUCACGCCCUUUACCGAGACGACAGGUUCCUUUUGGCGGUACACAUUUGCUUUUCAUUCGUCGGCGUCAUCCUAUUGAUCGCCUUCUCCGCCGUAGUCGGUACGCACGCCGACUCGACGGCUCAAUUAAUCAAGAAUAACUGGCAUUCGAUACAGAAUAAAGUGGUUGGUGCCGGCGUCGAGCCUGUGGAGGCUGGCGCUUUUGCUCGCGCUCAUAUGAAAAUGGCGGCGGCGCUCGGAGGUACGGUCAUCGUUCUGCAGCUCGCAUCCAUGAUGGCCUCGCUCUUCUCCUUCUUCAGCGACGAACCGUCUUACUCGCUGUUAUCGCCUGGCACCAAUCGAUCGAACGGUGCAAUGAGCGGUAGGGGCUUCUCCGCAAUGGAGCUCGAUAACUACGACGAGGAACAUGGCAAGCGCGGCUCCUUCUUCAACAAGACGCACGCGCGACGCGGAUCCGAUGGACUCGUGAACUUAUCGGCGCCGUCGCAGAAGCACUUCUCGAUAGACUAA